UGAGAUUCACACAGUUGGUUUUGGUCUCGACGCUUGUUGCCACCGCUGGAUGAAAUUCGCACGCUUGGAGCAGCUGCGAUCCGUGGCUACGUGGGCUCCAAAGCAGUUGGCAUACCGCUUCGGCUCGGCUUUGCAUUAUUCCUUCCCUUGAGUCAAUUUCGGUCGCUUGUUCCGGUAGGCCUACCACCGGAUGUGAAAUGCUUCUAUGCGCUUGAUUCAGUUGCUUUAGGUUGGUGUACCCCAUUUGGGAACGUAAUAAUGUACGGGGUUUCCUCCGAGGAGCCAAACGCUCAUUUUCUUUUGAUGACGUGCUCCUCCACAGCAUCCAGGUUGUGCGAUUCCUUGAGAUUUUUCGUAUUCUGGUGAAGCCGGUGGGAGCCCUCUGACAACAUUUUGAGCACUUUGAUCCCAAACGAAGUCAGAUCGCAACUUGGCCUCAUUGUGCACGACAACAUUGCACUUUUCAGCUUGGCGUAGCUCGAAUUCUUUACCACCAGAGGUGUUGGCUCUUGGCCACUGGAACCGGUGGGUCGCCGCUCUGCCCGGCUGGGUUACCGUUGUUGUUGUUGUUCUCCUCCAGCGGGCUGAACUUGUUGCUGAGAAGAUGCUUCUCUUGGCCAUUUCCCACUUUGGAUCCGUCACUGGUCUUCUUCCGCUUCUGCGUUCAGGUUACGGGACGAAACUCGUCCCCAUCGGAGGGUUCUUCCAACUCCAUGCGUUAGCACUUUGCCGCUCAACGAAACCAGCAGAAAAAAACAAACGUUGCAGCUGUCAAGAAAUCAACUGUGGUACCACACGGUGCCGUUUUGAAAACAAAGCGUGAGCAUCAUGAACUGCACCGUCGAAGGAUGCGGCAACAGCUACCGGAAAUGUCGUGGCAGAGUGGGCUUCCGUCUCCACGGCUACCCAGUCAAGCGGCCCGAGGUCUGCGAGCAGUGGAAGCAAUUUUCCGGCUGGAGUGGAAAUCUCACCAACGCAAAAAUCUGCUCGCAUCACUUCAAGCCGGACGACUACUUCCAUCAAACCAGCUCGACAAGUCCACAGGCACCGGUACUGCUGCAGGAUGCCGUUCCGUCCGUGGGGGGAUGUCCUCGUUGGCAACAACAGCAACAGAGCAACAGGGCAACUAGCCACAACUCGGAUGCUUUUUCAUAAGAUUUUUGUAAAUUGUCAAUUUUUUGAUAAAAAAUAAAACUUAGUUCAAACA